AUGGUCUCUAUAUUAAUGAAUAAAUUACCCCACGAUCUACGACUAUUUGUCACACGAAAGUUGAAAGGAGAUGCAUGGGAUAUAGAUACCCUACUUACCAUCCUUCAGGGAGAGGUGCAAGCCAGGGAACGGGCUUCUGCACACAAACCAACUGAUCACAAUACCCCAACAUUCCCGACUGCAGGAAAACACUCAACCCAAUCAGCACUAUUCUCUGGAAAUAGCCCAAAUUGUACCUACUGCAGGCAAGCACAUUCAUCAGCCAUUUGUACUGUUGUGACAAGUGUAGAUGCAAGGAAGGAACUGCUUAGGAAGUCAGGGAGAUGCUAUGUGCAUUGUGUUUGCGAAAAAAUCACAUCAGUCGAAAUUGUCAGGCAACUAAAGUAUGCUACAAGUGCGGUAAGAGGCACCAUCCCAGUAUUUGCUAUUCCUAACAGUCGAAAGGUCCACAACUUCCAUCAACACCUUACAAUCCCCAACGAUCACAAGAGAGGGAAAUUCUACCCAGUUCCUUAUCGAAGGAUCACCCGAACAAUCUCCCAUGCCGCAUAA